AUGAGUAUUUUAUGCAAAAAAUUAGAAUAUAAAAAAUAUGGCGAUCCUAACGAGGUUGUAUCGUACCAGAAGGAAGAGUUAAAGGAACUUUGUCCAGGACAGGUGCUGGUUCAAAUGUUAGCUGCGCCUGUUCAUCCAGUAGACAUUAAUGUUAUACAAGGAGUAUAUCCUGUGAAGCCCAAAUUACCGGCUGUUCCUGGAAACGAAGGCGUUGGGUGUGUUAUGGAAGUUGGUCCUGACGUCAAAGACUUAAAAGAAGGCGACAAGGUCAUUUUGACGUCAUCUUGUCUUGGCACUUGGCGAACACAUGCCAUAUUUCAGGAACACGAUUUGGCAAAGAUACCACCCGAUUUACCGGUAGUUGAAGCUGCCACAUUGACCAUAAAUCCAUGUUCUGCAUAUCGAAUGUUACAAGACUACAAAAAACUAACGAAUAAAGAUUGCAUUAUACAAAAUGGGGCUAAUAGCGCAUGUGGACAGACAAUAAUACAAAUCUGCAAAAUAUGGGGAAUACAAAACAUUGGAGUAGUAAGAAAAAGACCACAAUUAGAUGAGUUGAAAGAUUAUUUGAGCAAAUUGGGUGCAUCACUGAUUUUAACCGAAGAAGAACUGUCAACCACGACUAUAUUUAAAGAUGGUAAAUUCCCACGCCCUUCUUUGGGUUUGAACUGCAUCGGUGGUAAGAAUGGACAUCAAAUGGUGCGUCAUCUACAACCAGGAUCCGUUCUGGUGACCUACGGGGGAAUGUCCCGACAACCAGUAACUGCACCGACGUCAGCUUUUAUAUUCAAAAAUAUCGCCAUCAAAGGUUUUUGGGUCACGCAAUGGAACAAGCAACAUCGGAAAACUCCAGAGCAUGCAAAUAUGUUCAAAGAUCUGAUAGGUUUCGUGAAAGAAGGAAAAUUGAAAGCACCACUAUUUGAAAUGGUUCCACUUUUAAAUCGCUAA